GGAAGUAUCGGCGAGUGCACACCGAAAGAAUGGCCGACACGACAGUGAAGUCGCUUGGAGAAGGGGUUGAGACAUUGGGCAUAGCCACGGAGAACGGGACAGAAGAAACGACAAAUGGUCCUGCUGACGACUGGGAUGCAAAAUUUGGUUUCCCUCUUCCAGACUUGUUCAAGUUGGCUGUCAGAUUUUAUAGAGAAAAAGACGGCAAAGCUAUUCAUCUGAGUUACAAGGAUAAACUGAAGUUGGUAGCAUACAGUAAACAGGCCAUCCAUGGGAAAUUCCACACUGAUGCCACUCAAGAUGUUGGUUUUUUGAAUGUGGUUGGCAGUGAUAGAAGGCAAGCAUGGCAGGCUUUGGGAGAUAUGCCAAAGGAAACUGCUAUGUCAGAAUUUGUUAAACUGCUGGAUGAGUUAUGUCCCUUGUUUGCCCCCUACGUCAAAGCUCACAAGGCAGAGCAGGAGGAGAAGAUUCGUAAAGAGAAGGAAGCAGCUGAGGCUCGCCGGCGAGAGGAAGAGGAGAGACAAAGACAGGAAAUGGAGGAGGCCGUGCGGAAGCAACAGGAGCUGGAGCGACAGAAACAGCUAGAAACAGAGCGUCAGAUUCGAGAAGCCUUGAACCAGCAGACGGCGAUUCAGUUCCGACAGUAUGCUGAGCAACAGCUGCCUGAACAACCACAGAAGCAACAAGAGCUCAUUCAACAGUUACAAGAACAGCAUUUUCAACAGUACAUGCAGCAAGUUUACCAGCAACAGGUGCUUCAUCAACAGCAGCAGUAUCAGCAGCUACAGGCCAUGCAGGGGGUGGGGCAGGUCCCUCAGGUGACACCACAGCACCCCCAGGGUAGGGGCAGUACCCCUCAGAAAGAAAAGCACAUCGGCUCUGACCCCACAGCCACACAGCUGCGACCCAAUGGUUUACAGUCUAUUCCUGUGUCAAACUCAGCUGAACAUGAAGAUGUUGAUCUUAGUGGAGAUGAAACAAAUAACUUACCCCCCAUUGCGGCCGCCUCCAUGUGGACACGCAAAGAUUUAAAAGAGUUCAAGGAGUCCCUGAAUAAAGAUAAAGAAUCUGUGAUAAAAGUUGGAUCUGGAGAAACCAUUACAGUACGUGUCCCAACCCACGAGGAUGGAACAUGUUUGUUUUGGGAGUUUGCAACUGACUAUUAUGACAUAGGUUUUGGUGUGAAUUUUGAGUGGACAAUCGCCCCUAGCAACCAGGUGAGCGUCCACGUGAGCGAGUCUAGUGAUGAGGAAGACCUGGAGGAUGAGGAAGUGGGUGCUGAUCCUGAAACCAAAGGUGAUAUUGAGCGAGGCAAGAAGAGAGAUGACCGACCCCCAACUGACGAAAUUAUUCCUGUUUAUCGACGGGACUGCCAUGAAGAAGUGUACUGCGGGAGCCACACAUAUCCGGGCAGGGGCGUCUACUUGCUAAAGUUUGACAACUCCUACUCCUUGUGGCGAUCAAAGACUCUGUAUUACCGUGUCUAUUACACAAGAUGAACUCUAAUGCCGACUCAUUGAUGUGUCAGUGUGUUCUCUGAGGCCGUGUUUUCUUUGAACAACCAGAGGUUGUCACAUUUGGGAUCUUCUGACCACGGCCUAUCAUAAGGCUUUUUGCAUCUAGGUCCAGUACGUAGGUCCAUAGAUGUGUUCCCAUGGUUACCGUAUUUAUAUCUUUCAUAAUGCUGUUUAUGGCACAUGAUCAUCUGUAAGAUAAAUCGGUGGACUGGUUUUGGUACCAAAACAUAUUCCACAUUUUAUUACAUCAAAGAUCAUUCUUAUAUUUAAGCAUAGACCUACUGGAAAUCCUGGCUUUGAAAAAUAGGUGCAUCAAUUUCUUUUUUAUUUCUGUGUUCUUGUUUCUGUCUUUCUUUGAGAUUGUGAUACAUGUAUCAAGUGAAUGAUGUUAGGGUGUGAAGGGAUGUCAUGAGCAAUUUGUAUGCUCAGUAUUAAAGUUUGGUGACAUUCAUGACUUGUGACAUUGGACAGUGUCCAAAUCUGUGAAAUCAAUGUUCUCAUGCUCAUAGUCAAUAUUCAGUUACAGGCUCUAUAUUAAAGAUUUAGCAACUUUAUAAUAGUGUAAUACUGGAUUAUUAUUAGCCUUGUUUGGCUUUUACAAUCCGUAACCAUUAUUCUUCUGUGAGACACUGUAUAUUAGUUUGGAACAGUGAUAUCAAGAUCUUUUAUGAAAUUCCAUUGAGCAGUGCAAAUUUGGGGGAACAUUGCUUUAAUCUUGUAUGUGGUUGCACAGGGUUCACAUUGAACUUCUCCACAAGUACAGGUACGUACCAGCUGCUAAGUCAUGUAUUUGUGUUAUUGUUGAGUCAUUUGAUAGCUUACUGAUUCUGUCAGCUGAUUUUAUGAGGAAUCGCAUUGCAAGUACAUGUAACUUGUCCUGAACACAACCAUGGCAGUGCAGCUUGCAGGCUAUUUUGUGCCCACCUGUGGUGAAAUUUCCAAACUUCUGACAGGUUAAAUUUUAUGAACAUUUCGAGCCCUGAACACAUCUUACUUGUUGCCAAUCAGUUAAUCAGUCUGUACUACUAAGCUACAGAUAAAUACUCCAGAUUCUGUUUUGGUAUCAUGUGAGGCAUUUGUCAGUAUGACCACUAGAUAUUCGUUCCUGUAUAAAUUGUACUUGUGAAUUGUCACGUCUGCCUUUUCGCACUGACAUGUACACUAACAUUUUCUCAUGACAUACAUCAAAAUCUAAAUUGUGCAUGUAAAAUUCCUUUUUCCUUGCUUCAUCCAACCUCUGACACCGUAAGGAUUGACUGAUAAUGAUAAGCCAUCAUCUCUCUUUGUUUUUGUACCUUUUAUGUACCACACCUGAUAGGUGUACUGGCUUAUAGAGAGUGUGUGAAUCACGGUUCAUUAUUGUGUUUGUCACAUGGCCUUUGUGCUGGGCACCAGUUUGGCCAGCAUUAACUGUCAAUGUGCCAAUGUGUAAAUUUCCUGUAUUAUUGACAAAGGUUAGCUGAGGGGAUAUAUAUAUAUAUAUAUAAUGUAUGUGGGUUAACCCGAAAAUGUCCGGUACCUUUCUGUUACUGAACAUGUGCUCUUUGUGAUGAGAUAGGGUUCUUGCUGAAACUGUAAUAAAGAAUGAUACUG